GCAGUGGGCUGACGUGAGAGUUGGCGUGCUUGUGUUAGUCAGGUCUUUCUCCGCCGGGCGCCGCCAUGCCGAAGCGCUCGUACCCGUUCGAAAGUCUGGCCCCGCCGCAGCUGAAGACUCACAUCAGCCAGAAGGAGCUGAGCCAGGGCGUGUGCGGCGAGCACCUCAAGCGGGAGAUCUUUGAGAAAACGAAAAAACUGCUGUUCAGUGGUGCGAAAGCCAUUAUGGGGAGUCGGGUGCACCAAAAUAAAAAUAACCCAGAAGGAAAUAAUCCUGUGCAUGAAUUACUGACAGGGCAGACCACUAUUGGACAAGAUGGGAAGCUGCACAGAGCCCCUCAGACAUCAGCACUGCCUGUGGGAGGAACGAAAGCUUGCUCUUCCUGUGUCCGAUCGGUUGGCGACAAAGAAGCGUGCAAGCACUGUGAGCGGUACAUCUGCAGCCAGUGUAGCACCCCCUGCAGUUGCUGCUCCGCUGUGUCUUGCUCCUACUGCACUGUUGUCGUUGACGGUGAUCUCGGUGAGAGAGUGUUCUGCACGGCAUGUUCUGUAUAUGAAGUGUAAAUGAGGGAAUCCUGCAAUAUGUGUCCAUGUUUUAUAUAUAUCUCUGUACAGCUGUCUGGGUUUUUUUUAUAUUGAUAUUUUGUAUGUAUUUUAUAUCUAAAAUUGAGAAGUUAAAUAAAGUUUAUAAGAAAAUAAUGGCCACUAGGUGGCAGUGCUGUCUUUCUGGUCUGUCCUUUACUGGGAGAAGCAAACUUGUUUUAUGAAUGGAAUUGUAAUUUGAUAUUCCUGAGCGUUGCGGAUUGCCUAAAAUACUGUGUACGUAUAAUUUAGAAAAUUAAAUUGACACAAAUUAAA